AGGGUGACCUGUCCAGAAUGUAUAGCCUGAAAGCUUUUUCACAUCAGGAGCAGAAAGGAUGGAUAGAGUCGCUUAGCUCAGCCAGUUAUGAGAAGUUAAAGUUUCGAAUGUAUGAGCUACGUGAGCAAGUGAAGCUCUACUCUCAGACUGAUACUGUCACUGAUUUGUUUAUGGAGCGUCAGGGCCUAUCUCCUAAAGCAGAUCAAUCUAAACUCCCACCUCAUCUCAUAUUCUCAUCAUCAAGCUCUAGAAGAUUAUCAUUCCAAAGACCCUCACAAAGAGUGAGGUCUGAGUGGUUGAAGUCUUCUGCUAGACAGCUUCCAGAGUGGGUAGUAUUGGCAUAAAGCUCUUAUCAAGAUACAUAGAACUGGCUAAAGGAUCAUUGAGCAUGCAGUCAUGGCAGUGUGAGAGACCAGAGGAACUAUUAGCAGAACUAAGAAAACAAUAAUGGCAAUUUAUGCUUAUGGUAAUUAAUGUAAUUCUUGGUUUUUUAUUAUUAUUAAUUAUUGUGUAUCAGAAUAGUAGUCAGUUUAUAACUUGUGAAGUGUCAGUGUGCCACUAAAAUUGUAUUUAGAAUGGCAGCUAUUAUUUUUAUUUUUUAUGAAUUUAUGAAUCUUGUUAAGAUAACCACAAGAA